CCCCUCCAGCACUGCUGUUACUCCACCAGGCGAAGACACUCUGCCACUGCUGCUGGAAAAUGCACAUAACCCAGCUCAACCGGGAAUGCCUUUUACAUCUCUUCUCUUUUCUGGACAAAAACAGUAGGAAAAAUCUAGCAAAAACAUGUCACAAGUUACUAGAAGUAUUUCAGGAUCCUUUACUGUGGUCUUUGUUGAACUUUCAUUCUCCAGUGGAACUAAAGAAGGACAAUUUUCUCCUGGGGCCUGCUUUAAAACACUUAUCCAUCUGCUGGUAUUCAGAGAGAGUCAAGGUGUGUAAUAUUGAAGAUUGGAUGAAAAACAGUUUCCAGAAAGACUUCUGUAAGAGGCAUGAGAACACUGUCAGUGAUUUUUUACUAGACGUUUGCAACAGAUGUCCAAAUCUGCUGUCUCUGACCCUCUCUGGAUGUGGCCAUGUUACAGAUGACUGCAUUUUGCAGCUUCUCAAGAACUGCCCAAACCUGAAGAGCCUCAAACUGGAGAACUGUGUGCGGAUCACUGACCACACCCUGGAGGCAGUGACCCGCCACGGGGCAUCACUGCGAACACUCCAUGUGGAUUUCUGUCGCAAUGUAACACAAGCUGGGCUAGAGAGAGUCAGGGAAAAGUGUCCUUCAGUAAUGCUGAGAGCGGAGAGAAGUGCUAACAUGAUCCCAGACAGUAAGCCAGAAAGAAAGCUGAUGCUUGAAAAAGCAUCAAGAAAAUUGGUUCAGCUUUAAAGUGUGGGUAUUUUUCCUCACUGAGGUAGCAAUGAACUGUUGCUACUUCCAUGGGUUUUGGUCAAGUCCAAACAAAUGGUUGUUUUGUAAAGGGAAAAGACAUUCAUCUCCUCCUGGAUGGGCUUCAGGAAAAAACUGUUUGCUCUCUGUUGUUCCUGAAACUGGGAAACCCUGCAUUGCUAUCACAAAAUGCCAGAUCUGCUGAAAACUGCAGUUCUGGUACCCUCCUGCUGCAGAUGCACCUCACUCAGAAGAGGGAAGCAGCAGUGUGUUUAUUGAAGCCAAAUAAUU